CGCGGGCCUGGCCCCGGGGCCCGGCCCGGCCCCGCCCCGCCCCGCCCCGCGGGCGGUCAGUGCGGCGCAGUCGCGGCGCCGCCAUCGCGGGCAGAUGCAGGCGAUCAAGUGUGUGGUGGUGGGCGACGGAGCUGUUGGGAAAACCUGCUUGCUUAUCAGUUACACCACAAAUGCCUUUCCUGGAGAAUACAUUCCCACUGUGUUUGAUAAUUAUUCUGCCAAUGUGAUGGUAGAUGGAAAGCCAGUGAACCUGGGCCUCUGGGAUACAGCAGGGCAAGAAGACUAUGACCGACUGCGUCCUCUUUCCUAUCCACAGACGGAUGUUUUCUUGAUCUGCUUCUCCCUUGUGAGUCCAGCCUCCUUUGAGAAUGUCAGAGCUAAGUGGUACCCUGAAGUCCGACACCAUUGCCCAAAUACACCUAUUAUCCUGGUGGGCACCAAGCUGGACUUGAGGGAUGAUAAGGACACCAUUGAAAGGUUACGUGAUAAGAAACUGGCCCCCAUCACCUAUCCCCAAGGCUUGGCCAUGGCUCGGGAGAUUGGGUCGGUAAAGUACCUCGAAUGCUCUGCCCUGACACAGCGGGGCUUGAAGACGGUGUUUGAUGAAGCCAUCCGGGCUGUGCUCUGCCCACCACCUGUGAAGAAGCCUGGCAAAAAGUGUACCAUGUUUUGAGGGCUGUGGCCUAGGUGUUGGCUCAGCAUGCUGUCAUCCCUCUGACAGAUUGCAUAUUAAGCUGGGUGUUUCUGAAGGGGGCUGGGAUGUGUAGGGCCCUUCAUCAUGUACGAAGUCAGUGUUUUUUAAAUGUCUCUUUGAUUUAACGUCAGUGUUGAUGUGAAGGGGCAGUGGGGACAGGAGACCAGCUGGGGACUAUACAGCCCCCAGGGGAUGUACAGUGGGGAAGGCAAGGUAGCUCCUUCGGGCAACAAGCUGUUUUGGCUCUCCUGAACUCGGAGUGGAAAGGGCUGAGACAUCCAUCCUGUUCUGGAAACGCCUAUUUUCAACCUGCAGGUGAACAUCCUGGUGGGAGUGGGGAGGGAGCUGAUUUCAGUGGUGCUGAAAGACAAGAAUACCUGGGAGGGUGGUAGGGCCUCCUUGCCCAGCCUGCUGUGGCUAACAGUUAACAAACUGGUGCUCUAGCAAAAUGUUCCUGAGACUGUUAAAAAAAUCAUAACCAGCCCUGGAAGGGGUCAAAGUAAAUGAGAAGCUGAAAAAAUCAAUCAUUAGGUGCUUUAUUGGGUACUAGCCAAACUCUGUGAGUGAAACAGCUCUGUGCAAUCAAUGCAUUUGCCUUUUUGUGUGUGCACACCCUAGGACAGCAUGGUGCUGCUCCCCCCCAUUAGUCUUUAGCAGGGCCUCCCCCCAGAAUCCAGUCUCUGCAGAGCAGGGCUGGGGUUGUUGCCUCUAUUUUUUUUUUUUUUUUCCUACUAAAGACAACAAAAGAAGCAAUGAGGAGUCUGCUAACUUCUUUCCCUUCCCACUGGAAAUGCAGACAGACUGUGGAUUUGGAUGGAACAGGGAGAGCUUCUGAAGGGUUGUGGGGGGGGGAACAGGAUUGGAAGAAAGGUCCAGUUUCUAAUCAUCAUGUAGAGUGACAAGAUAAAACCUUAUUUGGUGCAAUAAACAUUCUCCAUGAAGGUG